GAAACUCUCUCUCUCUCUCUCUCUCUAGCUCUAGCUCCGUAUCCCUCUCUGUGGCGGCCGGCCAUGGCAAGUCCAGCUGAAUCCGCCGACCAGAAGGUGAGCUUCGCCGCUCCAAGAAGCUUCGCCACCACAUUCAAGGCGGCCGUCAAGGAGACUCUCUUCCCCGACGAUCCGUUCCACGACUUCAAGAACCAGACAUUUUCCGGUAAAACCAAGAAAGCAAUCCAAUACUUCGUCCCAAUCUUCCAGUGGCUCCCCAACUACAACCUUCGCCUGUUCCGGUACGAUCUUCUGGCCGGAAUCACCAUUGCCAGCCUCGCCAUUCCGCAAGGAAUCAGCUACGCCAAGCUCGCCAACGUCCCUCCGGUCAUCGGCCUCUAUUCAAGCUUUGUUCCUCCCCUUGUUUAUGCCGUGUUUGGCAGCUCCAAGCAUGUUGCUGUUGGAACGGUGGCGGCCUGUUCUUUGCUUAUAUCAUCGACGAUCGGAGACAAAGUGUCGCCAAAUGAUAAUCCGGACUUGUAUCUUCGCCUGGUUUUCACGGCCACUUUCUUCGCAGGUCUCCUUCAAACAGCCAUGGGCUUCUUGAGGCUUGGAAUAUUGGUGGAUUUCUUAUCGCAUUCGGCGAUCACCGGAUUCAUGGGCGGCACCGCCAUGCUGAUCUGCCUGCAACAGCUGAAGGGCAUGUUUGGAUUGAAGCAUUUCACCACCAAGACUGAUGUAGUUUCGGUUUUACGUUCAAUCUUCAGCCACAGAAAUGAGUGGCGAGGAGAGAGUGUGGUCGUGGGUAUAAUUUUCCUGGUAUUUCUCCAAGUCACGAGAUAUUUUUCAAAAAAGAAACCAAAGCUAUUCUGGGUGUCUGCAAUAGCUCCGAUGGUGGUGGUGGUUACUGGCGGCCUCUUUGCCUACUUAGCUCAUGCCGAGAAACAUGGAAUUGAAAUUGUUGGUGACCUGAAAAAAGGGUUGAAUCCCCUUUCCAUUAAGGACCUAAACUUUGACGCUAAGUACAUAUCAGCCCCUCUGCAAGCUGGGAUCAUCACGGCCAUGGUGGCUCUUGCUGAGGGAAUAGCAAUUGGAAGGAGCUUUGCCAUAAUGAAGAAUGAACAGAUUGAUGGGAACAAGGAGAUGAUUGCCUUCGGUUUGAUGAACAUAGUCGGCUCCCUCACUUCUUGUUACUUGACUACAGGGCCAUUCUCCAAAACCGCUGUCAACUUCAACGCUGGGUGCAAGACAGCAAUGUCGAACGUGGUGAUGUCCCUCUGCAUGAUGCUCACCCUUCUCUUGCUAGCUCAUCUCUUUCGCUACACCCCUCUCGUCGCCCUUUCCGCCAUUAUCAUGUCAGCUAUGUUCGGCUUGAUCAAGUACAAGAAGGCCUAUCACCUCUUCAAGACUGACAAAUUCGAUUUCUGCAUCUGCAUGGUCGCUUUCUUUGGCGUCUCCUUCAUUAGCAUGGACAUUGGCCUCAUGUUAUCCAUUGGGCUUUCCAUCCUCAGAGCCCUACUGUACGUGGCAAGGCCUGCUAGCUGCAAACUAGGGAAGGUACCAAACUCAACAUUAUAUCGCGAUGUCGAGCAGUAUCCUGGCGCAACCGAGCUGCCGGGAACCAUUGUUCUGCAACUCGGUUCCCCUAUUUACUUUGCAAACUGCACUUACAUUAGAGAAAGAAUUUUGAGGUGGGUUAGAGAUGAAGAGGAUAACAAGAAUGACAUUGAGCAUCUUUUGUUGGAUUUCGGAGGAGUUACAUCGAUUGACAUAACCGGGCUGGAAACCCUAGUUGAGGUCUUAAAAAACAUGGAAGCAAGAGAGAUUAAGAUCCGGCGACGAGGAGAUCAAGCUUGCGGCGCUGGGCUGCGACGGUGCUGGGAGCCUUGCAACUCUGGGCGACAGCGACGACCGUGCCUUCGUCUAGAUCCGGUGAUGGCGCAGGGAGGCAACGACCGUUUCUUCGUCAAGAUCUGGCGACGGCGCUGGGAGGCUUACGGUGCUGGGCUGCGACGGCGACGGUGCUGGGUGUCUUGCGGUGACGGCGACCAUUUAUGGAGGAGGAGACCUGGCACAGCGGUAGCCCGUAAUGAAGUAGGAGCUGAAGGGAUGAUGGGAGAAGAGGGAUAGGAGGUGUAAAUAUUAUAAAUGUAGGAGAGUAAAAUUGUAAAUGACUUGGUCAACUUAAAAAGCCCUCUACAGCGUUUUUUUACUAUUUGUGAUAAUACCUCUAAUAACUUAGUUUGAAAAAUUAACUCUAUUACUUUUAGAGUCAAAAGUAAUAUUGCCCUUAAGAAUCUACCCUUUAAGAAUAUUCUUGGAGGCAAAAACACCAUUGUCUCUAUUAAUUUUGUCUCUAAAAGU